AUGAAUAUUUUCUCCCAUCUCAAAUUAAGAAUCAAAAGAGCCAAUUAAGAAAAAACAAAUACGGUUGACGUAUUUUGUUAAAUAAAUAUAAGAACCCAAUCUCAAACCAAGAAAUCAAGGCAGAAAACUUUUGA